AUGGAUCCAGCCUCGAGAUCUCCCGCUCUCCCAGAUCGUGCUGCCUCCGCUGAAGCGAGCUCGACCCGGCCGAAUCCCUUUGAUGACAGCAACAUAUCAUCUCGCAAGCGCCAACGAACCUCGCUCUCUGGGUCUCCCACCAAUUCUCACAGCACACUGAAUCCUGGCCACGACUCUUCUCGCUCCGCCACUCUUGAUACUGAACCUGUCUUGCCUCGGCCUGGCUCGACAACUGCCUACUCUCAACCCGACUCAGUCGCGCCGAAGACUUCAGAUACAGGAUCUCCUGUUUGCGACCCUUUAACAGAGCCGCCAUCGAGUAUGGCUACUCUUAACCUGAGAAACGCGCCCGAGAACGACUCAACUUCCUCUCCACCUCCUCCACCGAACGUGGCCCAGUCAGUUGCGGCUGAGACCACGGACGAUGCCUUGAAGGACCAAGUCAAAGAGAGCGUCGAGGAUGCUGAAGUCGCCAUGGUGCCGCCUCCCCAAAACCUCGGCACUCCACGUUCCAGCUUCUCGCAUUCAGCAAGUCCUCCUAUUGAAGUUAUCACGGUGCAGUCGGAUGAUGAUAUGGCUUCUGAUCGCCAGAGCAUUGGGGUUUCAAUUGUCGAUGAUGAUUCUGUCAUGAUCGAUCCCAUCAAUGAAUUCCCUUUCAGGGAACCAACAGAGACACUGGAGGGAAUGUUGGUGCGACUCUGCAAUUAUAUCGAAACUCAAUCGUCGAUCGACGCAGGAGCCAUCUACAAACUCCAACAAUGGCUUAGACGGUAUCUCGAUUACAUCGCUACUGCCAAUCAGCAAUUGGUAGUCGAUUCAUGUCGUCUUAACCAUGUUUUCUGGAUGACCUUCCCACGCAUUAUUACCGCUAUGGCUGCCCACAGGCCUCCGUUCCUAGCAGAUGAUUUGUUACGGCAUCAUACCGAGGCCGUCUUUUUAGACUUCGCCAGGUUGUCAGCAUGGUUCGUCAAUCAGGAUAUUCAUACGAUCAAAGAGUUCAUAGCAGAACAGGGAGGCCGGGGACAGCAGACCGUCGAACUUUUCUGCCCAUGCUAUCUUCAGAACCUCCACUCAAUCAUCAACCCGCUAUUGUUAAGCGAUGAUCAGUAUCAGCAUUUCGGGGCCUUGUCCAUGGCCUUUCUCAAGGCAUACCAGGACAGCCCAGGCGGGAGCCUAAGUCGCCUUCUCCAGCUGACAAAGGCAUUAUUCCAAGUUAUCCCUACAUAUCCCCGGUUGACUAAUGACCUAGCACCUAUAUGCUUAGUCGCGUCAGAUAUCAUGGAGGGUUCCUGUAACUUUGUUACUCCCGAAAUUGCUUUCAAAAGCAACCAGAAACUUCUGAUAGGUCACACUUUGCUCGAUCUGAUACACGAAAGAUUGGACAUCAUGAUUGACAAAAGUCCGACGCAUCUCGUCGCAGACAGUGUUCUUGUGAUAGUUCAAGCUUUGUCAAAUAUGAUCAACAUAGCUCUCAAGGGUGAUCACGCAGCUGCAAUUCUCAUGUUGGAACGGCACCGCACAGAGUUUCCAGCGGUGCCUCUCAGAUACACUGCUGAAGCGAUUUCCUAUGAACACCGCUUUCAGUUCUUGAUCAAACUAAUCAAGUCAAGCCAAAUGCAACUUCGAUUUCAAGGCAUGACACAAAUGUGCAAAGAACUUAUUGCCUUCUGGAAAAAGCAUCUUGAUAGCAAAGCCGAUGAUGGAAGCCAUUAUGUCGAACACAUUGCGGAAUACCUGAUCCGGACCGGAUUCAUCGACUAUCUACUAGGCGCCAACUGCCAUCCUGAAAUUAUUGUUGAGGGUGCUAACAUCAUUGGCUUCAUCAUUGUGACGAGAAGGUACCGAAGGACGCAUAUCGAUAGGUUUUGGGAGGGCAUUACUUCCAGGCAAGACCCUCGAACCGCUGACGCUCUGGCUCGUAUGGUCAUUCAAGUCGCGCAUCUUUUUGAUGACGACGGGCUUUUGCUUCUCUGUGAGAAGUUCCAAACUCUUCCCAUAGACGCAUUUACGCCCGCCAUCCGAAUGCUCUGGGAGGGUGUCAUGAAGAACAUGGCAGAAAAAUGUUCGGAAGACUGUCUUCUCGCUGUCCAACCGUACAAUUUAUGUCUGCGUCUAUUGAGGGAUUCGUCUGUUUGCGCAUCCGGAUCGCAAGUCAUGUAUCCUGACAUCCAACAAGCAGUAAUGCAGAAAUUCAUAGAUCUCCUGAGGUGCGGCCCAGAUGCUGAAGGGCAGCAACAGCUCUACCUUGGUUGUCUUCAAGAUCUUGCAAAUAAGUCUGCAACAACCCUGGGGAGCCUUUGGUGUUUAUUCAUCGCAUUACGAUCAAGGGAAAUGAGCCGAGAGAUGCGCGGGCUAGUAGAACACCAUGGCUUGACAAGACUCGUAAUUGAAGAGUUGGAACAUGCUAUUGGUGCUGGCCAGGCGGCAGGGAUUCCUGCGGUUCUCUCGUGCUCUGUCAACCAACCUCGGAGAGAAUUCAUUGCCAACCUCAUCCAGCUUGAGCCACCGUCAAUCACCGAGGACCUUGGUGUCAAACUAUGGGACAUGUUGGUAGGGCCAACGUCCCUUUCACCGGACGAUAGGCGGGUGGGCUGGGAAAUCUUGAACAGUCUCCGUCGGAAGAACAAAAAUGGUAAUUCUUUCCUUCAAGCUUGUCUGACCUACCAUCUUCCAGCCCUUUCGUCCGAAUACUUCUGUGAGGGUAUGCUUGAAUUUCUCAGAAUUGAGAUCCUCCCACGCCUCAACGACAAUUUCAACCUUGCUCUCGAUGACCCAGAAGUAGCUGCUACUAGUGGUAUUGAACAAUUGUGGCGCCUCAUUCUCGAGGCCGAAGAUGAGACUCUGGUAGACAGGGCCAUACGAACUCUCGCAGUUGAUGUCUAUAUCGACAGUCGAUUUUUCAACUCUAUUUCAACUCAGAGAGCACAAUCUGCCCAUCUGAAGCUAGCUAGUCGAUGCCUAGAGCAGCUGAAAAGUGCUGCACAGGAGCUGAGAAAUACAAGCCAAAGCACGAACAGCGAUGACCAAGUGGUGGUUACAACGAUUACACAACGGCAGUUACAGCAGCAAGAAAGGAUUUUCACCCGUUCGUUGAAGUUUCUCCGCUAUAUUCUUGAGGCCCACCAGUCGAAGCCAUCGUUGUCCGCACCUGAUCUACGAACACUGAUCCCACAAGCCUCCCACGAGGUCCAAGGAGAUCCUGCCGGUCUGAAGUAUCAGUCCUUCGAUGGCGACCAGCAGACUGACAUCAAGCCACUUGUCAUUGGGAGGGCGAACACGGCAGCCUCGCUCCUCGCUAGUUUGCGGCAAGAGACCGGGUUCGACAACUAUCGGAUAUACUACCGAGGCCGACCAUUCCUGCCGAAUAUCUUUCCCUCGGGGCAGCCGUUCAAAUCUCUUUACGCUGUCCAUGCGUUGAUCGAAUAUGCUGAGACCCUCCUCCCUAGCCAACUGACCGGUCAACUCAAUGAUGUCGCCACUGGCUCUGGGUCCGAUCCGGUAAUCCUUCCUGAGGCUCUCAAGACACCAAUAUCCUUCAUCGUACAGGCAAUCUCGGAUGAGGAUAUUUUCAAUGGCGCUUCGGUAUUCCUGCGGCUAAAGUUGGCGUCUACUUUGCUGCAUGCCCUUCGGCAGUUUCUUGACAGAGUCGGCAACCUCAGAGGUUCAGUACCGCCACAGGGGCUCCCUCUUCCUGACCCGAACAGAUCCCGUGAGUACUCAAUGGUGGAGUAUUUCUGGAAGGUCACCAGCGCCAUGGUCAGACAAACGACUGUAUUUCCCAGCCAGUGCGAAGAACUCUUUCGAUUGGUUCAUUUUCUUGUCCUGAAGAUUAACGCGCGGUUGCCUGAGUUGUUGGACAUUGAGAAGUUUGCCUCUCAAAUUAGCCAGCUUCUUCUUGACCAUACUACAACCGAGCUAGAUAACUCAGUCGCACAGUCCAAGACCCUUCCUAGUAACCUCGCAAUGUCACUUGUUUGGAAGCACUUGUACCCUCCCAAAGACCUGCGAAGUGGGCAGCCUGUGCCCAAAGUGAUCCUCAACGAAGAGACUCGAGCAAAACUUUCAGAUGUGCUAUUCACUCUUGUGAAACAUGACCAGAAGAAGACGGUGGCGGUUGUGGAAGCUCUCGAGGAACAAGUUCCAUUCUUCGACGAUGAAGAGGAUGACCACUACAUCUACGAUCUCAAUUACCAUUUCGACCGGCACAGAGCUCUUCGGGCUCCCUGUGGGUAUACUGGUCUGCUGAAUUUGUCCAACACUUGCUAUCUUAAUUCCUUGAUGACACAACUCUUCAUGAACACUACGUUUAGGCGUUUCAUCCUCGGCUGCCGCAUCAACGAUCCUGCAAACAGCCAGCAACUCCUGUCCUACACCCAGAAACUGUUCGGUCAUAUGCAGGAGAGCUACCGUCGCUUCGUUGAUCCGUCAAACUUCGUCCAUUCUAUCAAAACAUACGACGACGCUUUGAUUGACAUUCACAAUCAGAUGGACGUCGACGAGUUUUACAAUCUACUACUUGAUCGCUGGGAGACCCAGCUUUCUGGCCACGAUGAAAAGCGGGUCAUAAAAUCAUUCUAUGGUGGUCAGCUUGUGCAGCAAGUCAAGUCAAAAGAGUGCGAACAUAUCUCGGAGCGACUCGAGCCAUUUUCUGCAAUUCAGUGUGAUAUCAAGGGCAAAGGGACAUUAGCAGAAAGCCUCCAGGCAUAUGUGGAUGGCGAGGUCAUGGAAGGAGAUAACAAGUACAAAUGCUCAACAUGCGACCGCCAUGUUGACGCGGUGAAAAGGGCCUGUCUCAAAGAUGUUCCCGACAAUGUCAUAUUCCAUUUGAAAAGGUUUGAUUUCAACCUGCGUACCUUGCAGAGAAGCAAGAUCAAUGAUUACUUCUCCUUUCCGGAUCAAAUUGAUAUGCGGCCAUAUACCAUUGAGCAUCUCAGUAACCCAAAGAGCGAUAUCGAGGAGGACAUCUUCGAACUAGUGGGUGUGCUCGUCCACGCAGGCACCGCUGAAUCCGGACACUACUACUCAUACAUUCGCGAGCGUCCCACCUCAAGUAAUCGGCCCUUGUGGGUGGAAUUCAACGAUGACUUAGUAACGCCAUGGGACCCUGCGCAAAUGGAAUACUCCACAUUUGGAGGUACGGAUCAACGUCCCAUAUACGAUAAUAAUGGCAUUUUGUACGACAAGAACUUUAGCGCUUAUAUGCUGUUUUACCAGCGUUCUUCAUCCUUGCGCGCGGAACAGGAAAAGAUGUCGGUCCUUGCCAUUCCAGCACCCCUUCGUGUUGACGUGCCAGACCACCUUGCGGAUCAUCUCUCGGACGAGAAUACAAACAUCCUCCGCCGCCAUUGUAUUUACGACCCGAGCAAUGUCAAGCUUGUUCAAGUUCUGUUUCGUCAGUCACGACAGCACUGCAGAUCCAUUGGCAGAAGCGAAAAGAGUUCGAGUAUCAACAGCUUCAUGGCUAUGCGUAGUCAAGAGCAUGGACUUCAGGAUCUUGCCAUGCGAACGCUCAUUGGUAACCUAGAUCAGGUUGUCGCAAGGACUAAAGAUGCUCCGGAUUUUCUCUCAUACGAAGAGACUAUCGAAGACGCAGUCACAUCAUGCGAGCGGUGUGCCUUUUCCUUCUAUGAGUACUUCAAUCAGCAUCCGAGCGCUUUUCGCAUGCUUUUGCAGCGUAAUCCAGAUCAAUUAGUACGGAGCAAGAUCAAGAACCUUUUCAAGGUUGCAGUCUCGAAGAUCUCGACAGCUUUGCCCAAUGUUUACGAUCCGGAGAUUCGAUACAAGUUGGUUCAUGAUGCCGACGGAGAUGAGACGCUCUCUGAACCUGAUGCUUCCCAACGCUCCGUUAUUGACGGCGUAAUGAUGAUAUUCCAACACCUUUGGAAAUUCUUUCAUAUUCACAUUAGAGCCUGGGACGAGUACUUCGGAGCUGUUCUAGAUUUUGCUGCCAUGGGUCAUCGGGAAACCGGAUAUGUCUUGGCCGCGAACUUCCUAGCGAGCGCUAUCAGAAUCAUUUCUGCUGAUCCGCUCCAGGAACUCAGUGGGAACUGGGCCAGAAUGCUCCAAAGCGUCAUUAGGCGGAACAAUACUACAAAGCAUACCUCGUAUGUAUCGAUUAUCAGACUAGUCAGCCACUUGAUGAGUCAGAUGAGGCCGCAAAUAGGAACCGAAUAUGUCGAAGACCCGACAGAGCGUGUAUCACAACUAGCUGAGGCCUUCAGCUGGACGUUCGAGGAGGUGGAUCUUGUUUACAGCAGUCCAAACGGUUCCUAUACCAGCCUUUUUGUUGAAAAACUCCUUACCCUCGAUCAAGAACACGCAGGAUGCAACAAUAUCAUAAGAAUCUUGACAAAGCUAGACAGCAGUAUGGAUGAAAAAGUACUCGGGACCUUGAAGCUAUGCAUUCGUGGUGAGACUUCGACCCAAGCCAUGGAUCCGUUUCUGCAGGCUUCUAUCACGUACCUCGAAAGCACAGAACAGCUCAGCAACGCCAAAGACAUGAUUGAACACGUAUCUAUGCAAGCGAAAAGCCUUCAAAACACCGAGGGGGUGUAUUUUGUUCAGCUCUUCAGAACAGCAUUGGAUCUCCGCCAACAAGACAGGGAAUUUUGCAAGGAGGUCCAAACAUUCAGCCGUGACCUCAUCCCAAGAUGGGUACCAUUUCUCCUCGCAAGCCCCGAAGAACAAGUGCGCCGGAGCACACAUGACUUUUUAGUUUGCGAAUUGGGUAAGAUUGAUGCUGAUGCUACCAGUGACCGCGAUGUCACCGUGGAUGAUCAAGUCUCAAUCAGACAGAUGAUGAAGCAAAUCGGUGUUAUUUGUCUCCAGUAUCUCAGGGACCACCAUGUGCGCAGACGUGCUCAAAUCAGUCGGGAGAUUGCAGACAAGUUCUUGAAGGUAAUUGAGGGGUGUGCAGCUACGGUGACAACAACAGCGGAUAUACAACCCGAGCUAGAUGUGGAACUCCUCUCAUUGCAGGACGAUGUCUUGAAUCCCUUCCGCAGGCUAAUUGUCGACGAACUGGAGGAAGAUGGGUCCGGAAUGAACGAGAUGAACGAUCUGGAGCAGAUGUCAUGA